UUUAUGAGGACCCGAAGCCGCUCCAGACGCACAGUAACCUUUAACUCCUUGUGCAUGGGGCUGAUUAUCUGACACACAAACGCGAGCACAGUUUGGACAUCAUCUAGACCUUCUUGGAUAAAUAACUAUGGCUUCGAGUGGCAGUGAGUGCUCGGGAAAAGCCGCCCAGUACCGGGUGGACCAUCUGCUGAGCGCCGUGGAGAACGAGCUGCAGGCUGGGAGCGAGAAAGGAGACCCAACCGAGAGGGAGCUGAAAGUGAACCUGGAGGAGGUCGAGCUGUGGCAGAAGUUUCGAGAGCUCACCAAUGAGAUGAUUGUAACUAAGAACGGCAGGCGCAUGUUCCCCGUGCUGAAAGUGAGUGUGUCUGGUCUGGACCCGAGUGCCAUGUACUCGUUCCUGCUGGAUUUCUCGGCGGCGGACUCGCACCGAUGGAAGUACGUGAACGGGGAGUGGGUGGCGGGUGGCAGGCCCGAGCCUCGCACCUCCAGCUGUGUGUACAUGCACCCAGACUCUCCAAACUUCGGAGCGCACUGGAUGAAAGCUCCAGUCUCUUUCAGCAGAGUCAAACUCACCAACAAACUCAACGGGGGAGGACAGAUCAUGCUGAACUCUUUACACAAAUACGAACCACGCAUCCACAUAGUGCGGGUCGGAGGGCCACACAGAAUGAUCACCAGCCACGCAUUCCCCGAAACUCAGUUCAUAGCCGUUACUGCAUACCAGAACGAGGAGAUCACUGCACUCAAAAUCAAAUACAACCCCUUCGCCAAAGCUUUCCUAGAUGCCAAAGAAAGAAGUGAUCAUAAGGAAAUAAUGGACGAAGUCGGCGAGAACCAACAGUCUGGCUAUACACAAUUGAGUGGCUGGUUUCUGCCCGGAAACGGAUCCCUCUGUCCUCCUGCAAACUCUCACCCUCAGUUUGGUGGCGCUUUGCCUCUGCCGUCCUCUCACGGUUGUGAACGUUACUCCACAUUAAGAAGUCAUCGCUCCUCACCUUACCCCAGCCCCUAUCCUCACAGAACAACCUCCCCCACUGGUUACUCAGAAAACCCUUCAGCUUGUUUGUCCAUGUUGCCCACUCAUGAGAAUUGGUCCAGUCAACAGAUGUCUUCUCACUCCAGCAUGAUCUCAAUGGGCCAACACUCUCCCCCUAACUCAAACUCCAGUCAGUACACCAGUUUGUGGAGUGUGGGAAACACUCCGCUGACUCCGGUGUCUCAGACAGGUGGAAUGGCGAGCAGCUUAGGCACCCAGUACCUCCGUGGUUCUGCCCCUCAUUAUGCCAGCAUGCCACACUCGGCUUCAGUACCCAAUCCUGGAUCUCCACUAUAUGAUGGCACACCUUCCACAGAGGUACACCAAGCAUCUCCAUACGACAGCACCACCCACAUGCGACUGGCUACAGCCUGGACACCCAUCACACCUCCUUCCUUAUAGAGCA